UUCACAUACAUUAUUUACCAAUGCUCAAUUUUGAGAUUCAUAUGGGUUCCACCCCCCGUGUAUAUAAAACACACUGUCGAUCGACAAUAAAAGGGCAAGCAUGAACUUAUGCAACGUAACGUGUGGAAAAAUAUACAUUUGAAAGUGUACAUAAUGUGUAUUUUCCUAAUAACCUACUAUAUAUUAUUGACUACUCCUCUUAUUAGCAAACUUGAAAGUCUAUAUGUUAAGUAGUGUUGUUAUUCAUUACAAAGAAAGAUGAUAAAAUUAAAAUGUUCUUUUAAAAUCCAAAAUAGAAUUAAAACCAGGCUUUUGUGACACCGAAUGAAAACAAAAUUUCCAUUAAGGCAAUUGAAAAGUAGUUAUUAAGCAACGCAGAUAAAAAUCUGAAAAAGGAUAUUGAAAUCGCGUUGUCCGUCCGUACUUUCCCUCGGAACCAUACAUCAGAACUGAUUGGUAAAAUUUUAAUGAGAGAGAAAAUUUUAAUGAAUGUAAAUCAAUAUAGAAAUGGAUUUGCUGCUCGACAGGAUCAAUCUUAACGUAACUUGGUUUAAGGAAAAUGUAUAUCUUGAGCCUUUGUCUGCCACUGUUUUGUUCUAUUUACAUGAAACUCAAAACAAAUAAGUAAAGUUUAAAAAAAUAAUGAUUAUCAAUUGCUAAGUACUAUCAUAAUAAAACUUUGCAUUUAUUGUUAUAGUGAUUUAAACUUGUAAAUUUGCAUUUCGCACAGGCAAUUCUCAUUGAUAAUAUGUUAUCUUUAAAUAGAUCUAUCUUUACAAUUAUUUGUAAUUCAAUUACGACAUGAUUCAUAUUAAUUUCAUUUAAUUUCAUUUAUCUUUUUAACUGACUGUAAGAAAUAAAUUGAAAAAAAGACAGGAACCAAAAUGUUUUCAUAUACGUGUAUUGUACUUUCAAGAAAAUUGAAUUAGUUUAAAACGUUCAGCGUAAGAUAGAACUCAAAUAUAUAUCUCAGAACUGUAAAUAGUAUGAAUUUUGCAUCAAACAUUUUCAUUAUUUCAAGUCGAUGGUAAAUGGGCAUAUUGGUCAAGUUGGACAUCAUGUGACGACACAUGUGGACUACGGACAAGGAGAUGUACGAAUCCAAUGCCCGAUAAUAAAGGAAAGGAUUGUAUUGGAGAAAGUUUACAGAGUCGUCAAUGCUCAAUAGGAAACUGUCAAACAUUCAAGUCUGCAUUUUCUGUUAAAAGUCCAGAUUCCUACAGCAACAUCAAUGGAAUUGCGAAACUGACAUUUUCCAGUACCAUUUACCAGUAUGGCAAUGAUUUUAGUAUCUCAACAGGAACUUACACAUGUAGCAAAUCCGGUGUUUACCAUUUUUCUGUUACAUUGGUAAAGAAAUCGUCAUCAUCGGGGGUUGAUCGGGUUAAUUGUUAUCUUUUCAAGAAUGGACAACCUGUAAUCUAUAUAAAAGUUGAUCCAACUGACGAUGAUACAGACAAAGGAAAUGCUGCUAUAUCCCAGUCUAUCGUGAUUAAUCUUGAUGUUGGGGACACUGUGUUCCUUACUUAUUGCACAAAUCCAAGCACAAGCAUGGACUAUUGGUCUUCGUUUACUGGAUUUCUCCUAUAUGACAAGAAUUAGAAUUUUGUAUUUGUCCGGAAAAAUUGUUCUUAACUAAAUCUUUUGGUUAGAAUAAUCUUAUUUUCAAUACAGUGUUUUGGAAAAUAACAAUAUGGUUGUGAACACAUAAAUAUUCAAUGAUGACAUUAAAAGCACUUUUGCUAAAAAUACGAAUUCAUCAUGUUAUUGAAUUAAAGCCACUCAUCGGAGUUUUAGAUGGGUGUUGUAUAUUUCAUGUUGUUUUAACUGAGACGUUGAUGCUUAGUAACGCAUUUAUAUAGAUUUACAGUGCUUGUAAAUAACAUUUUAGUCUGAAAUUUUGCUUUUGCUGAAUGCAUCAGAAUCAGGGAGAGGGUAUUGUUUUUUUUAUUAAACUGAUAAGAAUGUUUUGUUGACAUAAGAUUGACUGAUGCUAAUUGCUCACUAAAUAUGUUUCUGAUUAUGUUAUUAAAGGUCAUGUCUAUUCAUGAAAUCAAUAAAUUUGAGUACAAAACUAAGUUUUCAAUUACAGAAUAUAAAGUUUUUAGUAGUUAUUAUUAAGCUAUAAAAAUGAUAAUACAUCUAAAGACCGGUGCAUGAAUAUCCGAUUUUAUCUUCGUGAAUUCACAAUUUUAACUCUUCAACUUACGGAGUUCACAAAUUCAACUUCACGAAUUCACUGUUUAAACUUCAUGAAUUCACUGUUUAAACUUCAUGAAUUCACGAAAUCAACUUCAUGAAUUUGUUUUCAACUUCCCGAUUACAAAGCUAAAAUUGUGAAUUCGUGAAAUUGAAAUAGUAAAUUCAUGGAGUUGAAUUUGUGACCAGUUUAAACCGUGAAUUCAUGAAGUUGAAAUCUUGAAUCUCGUAAAUUCUUUAUGUUGAAAUUAAGAAUUCUGUAUGUCGAAAUCGUGAAUUAAUGAAGAUAAAAUUAUGAAUUUGAGAAGAUGAACCCGAGAACUCAGGAAGUCUUUCGUAUUAUACUGCCGAAAUGCAGUACUUUUUGCAGCAGUUUCAUUUUCAGUAAAUUGACAUGUUAUAUAUAUUUAGUUACCAUGUCAGCAUUGACACACUGACCUUGACAUUGGAGCCAUUGACGUAUCAUUAAAUAUAGCAGAUGCCAAGCCGGAUGUCUUCAUGGAAUGUCGUCUUUCUCAUAAACUUUACUGGAUUGUACUUCCAUUAUAGCAUAUAAUGUUUUGAGUUUUGAAAAUUUGUAUUUGUUAUAUUG